UGCAUAAAACAGACUUCGAUAACCAUCCGUUAUCUAAACAUUGAUAUUUUUCAACUUCCUCAGACAGUAUCGGUGGGCUGGAUCACCAAGAAGCGAGACACAGGGCCAGUGCGGGAAUACCAGAGCGAGGGCGUUCAAGAUGUGGUCCUGCGGGCACGCCUAGUCAACAUGUACCGUGCCUUCACGCUUCAGCAUGCAUCCUUCUCCAGGGUCCAGACAACUUCAGGGUUACAGGCACUGAAGUCCACGCUUAACACUUUCUUUAGUAGUUACCUCUCUUCGGUGGAAGUGAGUGGAGGGGACAUCCUUUCCGUGUGGUCGGGAGUGUCAUUCCUUCCCCUCGACAGACAGACCUUCCUGAGGAUCCACUGCUGUCUCUCACUCCUUCAGGGUUCCUUCCCCAGCAUCAGCCACACAGCUUUCUUUUACAAUAAUCACGUUGUCUGGUGUGGUCUGGGGAUGGAGGACCUGCGAUCUCUCUCCCAGUACCUGAACAACCAGCUGCUGCCCGGGUGUUUGAGUAGUCCUCCCUCCAAAGCUUCCAGCUAUCUCUCCAGGUACAGGGAUCCAGGCUGCAGGUUCGUUGGCAUAGGUGUAACUCCCAGCAUCCAGAUUCACGCACACAACGAGAGUGGAGACCUCAAGCCAUAUCAUUUGUUAGUGUACACCCUAGCAGGAGCUGCCGUCUGCCUCACUUUACCAGAUAGCGAGAAAUUAACUCCGUCAUUAUAUGAAAAGAUCGACAGAGUUUUAGAAGCCAAAGUUUCACAGUUAGCCAGUGAUAUCGGGGAACAAAUCAACAAAAAGUCCAGCAGUGGGACCACCUCAGACAGCGGAAGCAGUGGCAACUUCCGCUAUGUCUAUCACAAUCACAUGAACCUUGCAACAAAAACCACAGUCCACGGCACCAGCCUGUCCGUGCCUGUGGAGGUUAUGCGGACGAUAGCUGACAUGCACACAGACAUUAAAAAGUGUAAUAGUGGAGAGUUGGUGGUCAAAACCUCCCAAGAUCACUGGGUGGUGGGUCGAUGUGGAGACGGACGGGAAUUUUAUGUUGUCGUGAGUCACAAAAAUGCCAACUUGGUAGAAGUUACAGAUGAAGUGAACAGGAUGUGCUCCUCUCACUUCAGCAACAUCUUCAUGGUUGAAUGAUACUGAAUCCAGAUGACGCUUGUUGUCGGUUCCUGAGACUUCGGACCUCAGACUUCAAGGGCCCUCUGAUUCCUUGAUCAUAUUGAUCACUGGUCACGCUGAUUGCAAGUCGCUUAGUCGGGAGUCCUCACAGUUGCCAAAGUUUACUGUUUACUGCAGUUAUUCCUGGAAGAUAACUGGACAUUGGCAUUUAGAUCUAUGAUUACUAUGAAAUAGUAAGUCUUUUUUGUACAUUAUUCUCAAGGUCAGGCAGUAAUGGAGUUGUUGGGGUUAAAACAGUUGAUUCACAUGAGAAUGCGAGUUCUAAAUUCAGCAACAAGGGAAUGAAAAUGAGAGUAUGUAUUUAUUGAUUAGAAAUUAGUAAUAUUGAUGUAUUUAAUCUUGUUAGUUUACUUCCCCUCUGAUAGAUAUGAUAAUCAAAAAGGGAAAAAGGGAUAAAAUGCCAGAUUUAUGGAGUAAAAUCAGGUUACCACGCUAAUCAGAGAUUUAUGUUAUUGUAAUUCGUACAAUUGAAUAUGGUUAUUAUAAUUUUUGUGGUAUGCCUUUUUGCUCUUUCAUUUGAAUUUUCACUCAUCCCGAGUACAGAUAUGUGAUUUUAAGUUAUACAAUAAUUUGUUCACAUUAUAGUAGUGUAAAGUAAUGUAACCUUGUUAAUUUUUUUUUUUUUUUUUUUUAUGUAUUGGUUAACAACUUUUCAAUGGCUGAAAAAUAUCUUUAAAAGUAUGUUUGAUAAUAGUAAUAAUAAAGAAUGUUAGAUAAUAACCAAGAAAACACUAGUUUUGUGGUCAUAUCUAUGCAUCAUAGUUUUAUUACAAAAUUUUCCAGUAAGUACAGUAUUAAAAAAAUGUUUGUUAUCUUGGCAGCUGCCAAACUGUAAAUAACAGCAAGUCCGUAUAAAUAGACAGGAACCACUUUCAGGUAUGGACUUGUGAGGGCACAGAUAUACGCCUCCUCCUGUUGUAGAUACCUAAGACUUAUUUUCAAUGGUAAACACAAACCAAGCCAAACAAGGAACAAACACACACUCCACAUGCACAUCCACCCACCCACCAGCCUGCCCAUACAGUAAAAUGUACAAAGAUUGGUGUACAUAUAUGUAAAACUGCCUCUGGUCUUGGUAGUGGUGAUUUAUACAAGUGCAAGAAUUUUUAAAAUGUUUUGUUUGAAUAUGCUGUGAUUUUACAACUUUAAUGUAUAGGAUGAAAAUAAAAAGUAAUGAAACUUU